AGCUCACGCUCUGUGCGUUUCACAUCCGCCUUUGUUUAUUUUUUGUUGGUAUUACGUUGUUUCGCUUGCAGCUUUCGUUGCUCUUUUUGGACUUUUCAUCUCCUGUUCUUUUCUUCUCUGUUUGUGGUGCUUCUGCACGCGUGCGUCUCGCAGCGAAGGCGCUCUAUUAGCGAAAACACAGUGGCUUAGUUUUCUUCUUUACACAAAUCGUUGGUAUUCUCUAUAAAUCGCUGUAAGCUAACAGAAGAAGAGUAUUUCACCUCCACCGACAAAGCGCACAUCAGUUGGCAAUGUCUUUCGUCUCCGCCGCGUUGUCGCAGCAGUUGGCAGACCACCCGUUCCACAUCGUGCUGGAGCUGCUGUUCGUGGUGGCGCUGGGCUACCUGCUGCUGCAGCGCUCCGCCCGUCGUGCCGCCGCCGCGAAACGGGUCAACUUGCCCUCUUUGGAAGAGCAGGAGCGGCGCAUUGCAGCGUAUCAGUCCCAGCCCUUCCACACAGACAGCGUGGUGACCUCGAACGUGCCGGUGCCCGAGUUCAAGGGCAUCACGGAGGUGUGCGGCCGUGACGGCUGCCACAUCACCAUCCUUCGUCCUGGCUCGACCAACCCCGAGGAGUGCCUCGACCUCGCCACCUGCGACUUUCACUCCUUCUCCACGCUGCCGGAGGUGGUGGACGUGGCGCGGGCGGCGGUGAACGCGUACGGCGUCGGCAGCUGCGGCCCCAGGAGCUUCUACGGCACCAUCAAACCGCAUUUGCUGGUUGAGCAGGACCUCGCCAAGUUCCUCAAGACGGAGGACGCGGUGGUGUACAGCUUCGCCUACGCCACCGUCGCCACCCUCAUUUCGUGCUUCUCCAGCCGCGGCGACUAUCUUGUCUACGACGACGGCGUCAGCACCUCGGUGGUGGAGGGGUGCAAGCUGUCGCGCUCGGACGUCCGCACCUUCAAGCACUGCGACAUGACGGACCUCGAGAAGAGGAUGAAGGAGGUGGUGGCGAAGGACAGCGCACCCACGCCGCACCGCCGCUUUGUCGUGACGGAGGGCGUGUUCUACGAAACCGGUGACAUCUGCCCGCUGCCGCCGAUUUUGGCGCUGUGUAGCAAGUACAAGUUCCGCCUCCUCCUCGAGGACGGCUGCGGCUUUGGUGUGCUGGGCAAGACGGGCCGUGGGACGCCGGAGCACUUCAACAUCGCGACGAUGGACGUGGACGUGUACAUCGGCAGCCUGAGCACCUCCAUGGGCGCCGUCGGCGGCUUCUGCGCCGGUGCCUCGAUAAUGGUGGAUCAUCAGCGUCUCUCCGCCUCGGCCUACGUGUUUUCUGCGUCCCUCCCCCCGUACGUCACGGCGUCGGUCUCGCAGUGCUUGACGGUGCUGGACCGCGACAACAGCUUUGUAGAGAAGCUGCACGCGCACACGAAGCACAUGCGCGAGCACCUGCGUAACGCUCAUUUCAACGCGGAGAAGAUCCACCUGGUCGACUGCGUGGACGACGCGUCGCCGGUGAUUGUGUUGGCGGUCCCGCCCGCCUACGUGAAGGCAGAGGGACUGCAGAAUGUUGAGAAUCGCCUGCAGAAGGUGAUCAACAUGCUGCAGGGGAGGAAGGUGGCGGUGGUGCGCAACGUGUUUACGACCGAGGAGCCGGUGAACACGGUGUCGGGGCUGCGCAUCCUUGUGAAGAGCCAAGCGUCGCAGGCGGAGGUUGACGGGGCUCUGAAGGCAAUCGAGGAAGCGGUGAAGACGGAGUUCGCAUAA